AUGUCGUCGGCUGCUUCAGCUCCUAGUCCUUCCACCAACACUACUAAGAGUACCCACAACAAUCUCAAGAGAAAUUCCUGUGACGUUGGAUGGGAGUAUGGAAUGCUCGUGGAUCCAAACGACUUGAAUAAGGUUCAGUGCAAGUUGUGUGAUUUUGUUGUCAAGGCAGGCAUAUAUAGGUUGAAGCAACACAUUGCUGGGGUUCGUGGUCAGGUUAGACCUUGUCCUGAAGCGAAAGAUGAGGACAAAGCAAAGUGCAAGAAAGCCUUGGAUGAUGCAAAGAAAGCUAAGAAGGCAAGGGAACAAGAGCAGCAAGAGGUCAGAGAUGUUGUGGUCCUUGAUGAUGGGGCAGAUAGUGAAGACACCACUACCACUGUUGAAGGGGUUGGUGUUGGGGAAUCGUCGCAACGGAAGUUGAGGCCAAUGGAUAAGUAUACAAUGCCUAUGGAUCCCAGCUCAUUGUGCAACACAAAGGUGGUAAGGCAGCAAAAAAUCAGUGAAGCAAUAUGGAAAGAGAGAAUGCAUAACUUGAAGCGAUAUAUUGCAAAGUGGGUGUAUGUACACGGAAUACCUUUCAAUGCCAUCAACAAUGAAGAGUUUGAUCAGAUGAUUGAGGCUGCUGGUCGCUUUGGCCCAAGUGGAAAGAAACCAAAUCAGCAUGAGUUGCGAGAGAAACUGUUGUAUGAAGAAGUGGAGGAUACAAAGAAGCUACUCAAGUCACAAGAGGAAGACUGGGCAAAGAAUGGGUGCUCAAUUAUGACUGAUGCAUGGACAGAUCAAAAGAGGAGAAGCAUAAUGAAUCUGUGUGUCAAUUGCAGCAUUGGUACUAGCUUUUUAGAAUCAAAGGAGGCCUCAGCUGAGUCCCAUACUGGAAAUCUCAUCUUUGAGUAUGUGGACAGCUGCAUUGAGAAACCGUCAAUGGCUUUUCUUUAUGGAGAAAUUCUGAAGGCUAAGAAAGAAAUCAGGGAGGGCAUAGGGAGUAUGGACAAGUCUGUGAAUCUCAACCUCUACAAUACUAUCAUAGAUAUCAUUGAUGUGAAGAUGAAGAAUAGGCUGGACACUCCUUUGCACUUGGCUGCUUACUUCUUGAAUCCCUUUUAUAGCUACAAUGAUUCUUCCAUCUUUGCAAAUGAGGAUGUCAUGGAUGGGUUCAUUUCAGCUGUUGAAACCUUUUAUCAUGGUGAUUAUGAGAAGCAAAAUCAAGUCCUCAAUGAGGACCUGCACAAGUUCAAAGAUCAAACUGGUCACUUCGCAAAACAUGUUGCUAUGGCUGGCUGCAAGGACUAUAAUUUCUGCCCAGCCAAGUGGUGGGGAAAUUAUGGAACACAAGUUCCAACACUGCAAAAGAUGGCUAUCAGGCUUCUCUCUCUGACUUCAAGUUCGUCAGGCUGUGAAAGGAAUUGGAGUUGCUUUGAAGGGAUUCAUACAAAGAAAAGAAACAGACUCACUACUGAAAGAGUAGAGCAACUUGUCUUUGUUCGAUUCAAUUCUCUUCAUGCAAAGAAAAAAUCUAAGGCCAAGAAGAAUGACAAGAUGGAUCCCCUGGUAGCAACUGAAUCAACUUAUUGCCAAGCGUGGAUGGUUGAGGGUGGAGAUGAUGAUAGCUCUAGUCCUGAGGCUGUUACUGGGCUGACAUGGGAACAAAUUGUGGAGACAUGUGGUGCUGAGGAGGUCACCAAACUGCGUAGGAGUGCAAGAUUGGCUCAGCCAAGAGAGAUUGAAGAGGAGAUCGAGUCUGAAACUGAACCAGAAUCAGCAAAUGAGGAGGAAGAAAUUGAGUUUGAGUCCGAUCAAGACAACGUGUUCACGACUGGUUAUGAGCAAGAGCAAGAAGGGGAUAAUGAUGAUUGA